AUGCAAAUGUGAUCAAAUAUAAGAUAUUUACACAACACACAUUACUCAAUUUAGAAAAAGCUUCAUUUGGUGAUAGCAUGAUAUUUUGUGCAGAUGUUCAGUGAGCCGUCCUCGUUGGUUCCCUUUCCAGCCGACCGAGUGGAAAACCCAUCAGAACCCAUGUUACCUGAUAGGCUUUUCAGAAACCUAUAGUGGUGUAAUUUGGAACUUUUUCGGGAAAUUAAAUGACUCAAGAAGCGACGGUUGCUCAUUAGCAUUUGUGCCGCCUUGGCGCCACAAAAAAAAAAAAACACCAACUCCUGGAGGCUGAACGCUCCACUCUCCAGUGAUGUGGAGGCGAGAUUAAGAGACAAACUCUUUACUUUGACCAUCGAGAUAAAGUGGAUCGCGGGCACGGGCCAGUACACAGAUGCGCAUCUGCUGUGGACGCGCAGCCUUGUUGAAGCAACAGGCGGCAGAGGAGCGCACUGGGAAGAGAGACUGAGCUGGAAAUUAAUACUAAAAACACCUUCUCCUCCAGCUCCACCGGACACACGCUGUGUCCGUCACUGGUUAUUGUGUCACCCCUGGAUGGCACCGUGCGCAGGACAGGCGAGUGGAUACCUUUACGCGCGGCGGUGGUGUAACUGGUUGGAGGAGAGGGCUGAUGAGAGGAGAGAGGAGAGAGGAGAGAGGGGCGGUCAGAGUGAGACUGACUGAAACAGCGCGCCUCGCCGCGCUCUGACAACGCGUUCACUCGCAGCGCGUGUUAGUAGACUGCGUGUCGCACGUGUGAUGUGUUGAUAUUGUCCGUCCAGCAGGACACAUUUCGCGGCUCCUCAGGACACGCAUGCUUGAAGAGAGACCUCCGCGCACUUGAUGCCCGCUUUGGUGAUGCCAUGCCCCGGAACCACAGCGGAGACGAAGGCGGCACCGGGCUCUGGAUGAGGACGUCGCCGGGACACCGUACAGAAGGCUACGGCUUGAAGGAUGUGGAGUCCGGACGGAAGAUGAUGAACAACGCGGGAGACGGUUUGCUGUCAGCCUCCACCACCACCACCACAAGCACCGGAUCUGAUAGCAUGCGGGUGAAGCAGGGCGCCCGGCUCAGCCUGCUGGGCAAGCCUCUGAUCUACAGCGCGCAGAGCGGCCGGAGGAACGUGCGCUACCGGCGGCUCCAAAACUACCUGUACAACGUGCUGGAGAGACCCAGAGCCUGGGCGUUCAUCUAUCAUGCGUUCGUGUUCGUCUUGGUGUUCAGCUGCCUGGUGCUCUCUGUGUUCUCAACCAUCCCGGCUCAUCAGGACUUCUCCUCCUACUGUCUCCUCAUUCUGGAGUUUGUGAUGAUUGUGGUGUUUGGGUUGGAGUACAUCGUCCGUGUCUGGUCGUCAGGAUGCUGCUGUCGCUACAGAGGAUGGCAGGGAAGACUCCGCUUUGCCAGGAAGCCUUUCUGCGUCAUAGACAUUAUAGUGCUGAUAGCAUCGGUGGCGGUGGUGUCGGCGGGGAGCCAAGGAAACAUCUUCGCCACCUCUGUGCUGCGGAGCCUGCGUUUCCUGCAGAUCCUACGCAUGGUGCGAAUGGACCGAAGAGGAGGUACCUGGAAGCUGCUGGGCUCUGUGGUCUACGCACACAGCAAGGAGCUGGUAACCGCCUGGUACAUCGGCUUCUUGGUUCUCAUCUUCUCUUCGUUCCUCGUCUACCUUGUGGAAAACAAAUUCAACAAGGAGUUUGCUACCUACGCUGAUGCUUUGUGGUGGGGCACGAUCACCCUGACAACCAUUGGUUAUGGGGACAAGACACCAAAGACAUGGACAGGACGGAUGCUGUCCGCAGGGUUUGCCCUCCUGGGCAUCUCCUUCUUUGCCUUGCCAGCUGGUAUUCUGGGCUCAGGCUUUGCCCUGAAGGUCCAGGAGCAGCACAGACAGAAGCACUUUGAGAAGAGGAGAAACCCGGCCGCCUACCUCAUCCAGUGUGUUUGGCGUAGUUAUGCGGCUGAUGAGAACUCGGUUUCCAUUGCUACCUGGAAGCCUCACUUGAAGGCGUUACAUACCUGCAGCCCUACAAAGAAGGAGCAGGGAGAGUCGACCACAAGUAAAAUUCAUAGUAAUAAACAGAAGCUACUGAGGAGGCGUACCACUCGGAAACAUAGUCAGAAGUUGAGCUUCAAAGACCGGGUGAGGAUGGCGAGCCCCCGAGGUCAAAGCAUCAAGAACAGGCAGACGUCUUCGGUGAACGAGCGGCGGUCUCCGGUGGCUGAGGCUGGGGCCGAGGGCACCAGCCCUGCCAAAGUACAGAAGAGCUGGAGCUUCAACGACCGCACACGCUUCAGACCCUCACUCCGCCUUAAGAGCCAGUCGCGCUCCACCACUGAUGCAGACUCCAACAUGACAGGGGAGGACGGCUACGAUGACAAAGGCUGUCACUGCGAUAUCUCGGUGGAGGACUUGCUGCCCUCAGUCAAGUGUGUCAUUAGAGCUGUCAGGAUAAUGAAGUUCCAUGUAGCCAAGAAGAAGUUUAAGGAGACCCUGCGUCCUUAUGAUGUCAAGGAUGUGAUCGAACAGUACUCCGCCGGCCACUUGGACAUGCUGUGUCGCAUCAAGAGCCUGCAGACCAGAGUGGACCAAAUCCUCGGAAGAGGCCAGAUACCUCUGGAUAAGAAGAUCCGAGAGAAGCUGCUGUCUGAUGGAGAUAUUUUAGAGGACAUGAGCAUGCUGGGUCGAGUCUGCAAGGUGGAGCGGCAGGUCCAGUCGAUUGAGUCAAAGCUCGACUCCCUGCUCGACAUCUAUCGUCAGGCUUUGCGCAAAGGCUCGUCUUCAGCCCUCACGCUCUCCUCUCUGCCCCUGUUCGAGUUGGAACAAACCUCCGACUACCAAUCCUCCGUCUUCGGCAAGGACCUGUCCAGCUCCACCCAGGUUAGCGGUAGCGGAGCACUCCCCCCUGGCAGCAACCCCCACCUCUCCCAGAGAGGACUCCAUCUCAUCCUGGCGCCGCCCAACGAGCUCAACCUCAAUCUCAAUGCCUCCUCUUCCGCCGGCCUCGCGUCCUCCUCUUUCAGCCCGUCGCCGCUGCCUCAUCACCAUCAUCAUCAUCAUCACCACCAUCGUCAUCCUCAUCAUCUCCACCAUCAUCGUACCCAGGCUCAGGCCACCACGCCUGAAAGUGGCACUGACGAGGCUGUGGGGAGCUCUCCGCCCAUCCUCACCCCAAAUAGUAUCAGCAGCGGUGGGGGCGGAGGAGUCGGAGAUGGAGGGUUUCCUCUUCUGGCGAGGCUUCCACCGCCCCCUCCCAGCCGGAGUGCGGGUCUGAGCAACUUGCCGCGAGCGACUUCCACAGAUGUGUCCCCUGACAUGGAGGACUUUUGUGGAGGUUUAGGGAUGCAGAUGGAGGACAGCAGUGUUGGGUUGGGGCAUGGCAGACUGGGGCAGAAGCUACAGGGCAGCACCAACAGCAAUGGCGGACUAAAUACUAAGGAGGAGGGCUCCUGGAGGAGACAUAUGAGCCUGGAGCUGCAGCCCCUGGUACCGCCAGCCCUGGGCUGCUGCUCUGGCCCCAGCCAGAUGGACCGAAGCCUGGGCAAGUCCAUGUCAGUGCAGGACCUGAUGCAGGCAGCCCCAGGGACCGUCCAGGACGCCCACCACAGCCACAGCCUCUCAUCCCCAAGCCCCAGUACAAGCAGCGACUCCCCCAUCGGCUUCCACGGCGGUAGCCAAGACCCCGGGGGAGGUGGCAGUGGUAUAAGCAGGAGUGGUGGAGGCGGAUGGGGUGAGGAGGACCUCUUUAUCAGCGACAGGGACCUAGAGGCGCAGGGAUUUGACUUCCUGUCACUGGGGACCGGCGAAGCCCACACCUACUCAUCGGAGCUCCUGAGGACAGAGAGCAGAGCCGGGGCAGGAUCCCAAGGCUCUAACCGUAGCCUGGCCAGCGGCCACACAUCCUCGCCCUCUGCCGCUGCCAACUCCGAAUUGCUGAACAUGCCGCACGUGCGGCUAAAAUAAACUCGCCUACAUGCUCAAGAAGGCACGCAAAUCUCACCUCAAAGAGACCGUUUUUAUCCUUUUUGGAGGGGAGUGGGAGGGUGGGAAUAUAACAGUGGGAACUUUUUUUGUUCAUUUUCAUGUUGAUCCAUUUGAUAAGAAUCACAGUAUUUUCAUACAAGCUGAUCACAUAUGGCAUAUCAUUGCAUGAGUUACUCUUAGUUUUAAAGUGUGAUUGACAAAUCUGAGAUAAAAGAUGAAGACUUGUGUAACGGGAACACAGACCCUCAAAACCGGAGACUUUGCUAUUAAACAAAGCCAACUAAACUUGGUCCUGAAAGACAGUUGGCUGGUUGACAUGUGACCUUGAAACAGAGCAUGAGCAUUGCAUGUUUUCAGUCAAAGGUACUGAGAUUAGCAAGAUACAGUUUACACUUAAAGUAGGAAGGCAUGGACAACAAACACUUAUGGAAAAUCCCUUUAAGAAUACCAGCCAACUUUUGUAAGUAAUGGAAGAAAAAAAAAUGGGACUUAAUACUUAAAUGUGCCCAUACAGUAUAUACAAGGGUGGCGGCUGUGGCUCAGAGGUAGAGCGGGUCAUCCACCAAUCGGACGGUCGGCAGUUUGAUACCCGGCUCCUCCAGUCCACAUGUCAGAGUGUCCUUGGGCAACAUACUUAACCCCAAAUUGCCCCCGAAGGCUGCGCCAUGAGUGGUCGGAAGACUAGAAAGGCGCUAUAUAAAUGCAAGUCCAUUUUCAAGAUCCAAUUUCUUGUCUCUCCAAUCAAAUGACAGGCUUCCAUAUUGAAGUGAAUGUUGCCUCACCAUUGCCAAACUUUUCAUUCUGGUUCUUGUCACUAUUUCUAUUUUAUUUCCAUAGCAUUCUGUCCAUUUUAGAAAACCAGAUAACCUCCUUAAGUUUAUAUCCUGGUUCUACCCGUUAAAAGGGAGUUUUUUCUUGUCGCAUGCUCAUGGUGGAUCUCUUGUUGGGUCUCUAAAUUAUAGAGUACGGUCUAGACCUGCUCUAUAUGAAAAGCGUCUCGAGAUAACCUCUGUUAUGAUGUGACGCUAUAUAAAAAUCAAUUGAAUUGAAUCCUUAUAUCAUAUGAAUAACUAUCCUCAACCAGUGACUUUGGUUGCCGACAAUCUUUUAAAAAAAUACCACACUCCAGGACCACAACAGUAUACUUUCAAGUUUUAGCUCGUAAACCACGGGUCUUGUAUACAUAACAUUUUAGCUGACCAUUUCAGAAUGCAGGCAAUACAGUUUUAGAUUUUUUAAAUGUAUUCUUUCUACAGUUUCAGGUUUGCAAUAAUGUCUGUACAGUAAAUCAGUGAGCAGACUCCUUAAACGUGCUUAGUUAUUUCAUUUGUCACAGUGAAUAUCAGGUCAUUUCUGUCAGUUACAUGAUCACUGUGUUGUUAUGCGGUUUAAAAUAACGUCGCUGUAACAGAAAAUGACUUGAAACAAGCAAGUUUGAAAGGUCUGCUGACUGAUUUGCAUCAUAGUGCCAACAACAUUAGAUAAAAUAUGCGUCCACAUUUCUGAAAAACAGCAUGUAAGUGAUUUAUAGUGGAUAGGCUAAAGCUAGGGCUGUCAAUCGAUUUAAAUAUUUAAUCCUGAUUAAUCGCGUGAUUGUCCAUGAUUAAUCGCACACUUUUAUCUGUUCAAAAUGUACCUUAAAGGGAGAUUUAUCAAGUAUUUAAUA